CAAGUCACUUCCUUGUUUGUCUGACUGAUUCUCUCUGCCUGUCUCUCCUCAGACUGACGAUGGCUGAAGCCCAGCUACGUGGAAUACAGGACGAGUUCACCUGCUCGGUGUGUCUGGACACCCUGACUGACCCCGUCACCAUCCCCUGUGGUCACAAUUUCUGUCUGAAGUGCCUCACAGACUGCUGGGAUCAGAGCCAACUGUUCAGCUGUCCUCAGUGCAGACACACCUUCAACACAAGGCCUGAGCUGAACAGAAACACUCUGCUGAAUGAAGUCAUCAAGAAAUUUAAGAGACCAAGACUCAGUUCUCAUACGCCUCAGAGUUUUGCCGGCCCUGGAGAUGUGAAGUGUGACGCCUGUACUGGGAUGAAGUUCAGAGCGGUGAAGUCCUGUCUAACCUGCAUGGCCUCUUUCUGUCAGACUCACCUGCAGCCUCACUAUGAAAUAGCAGCCUGGAAGGGACACAAGCUGACCGAUCCUGAUAGAAAUCUGAAGGAGAAACUCUGUGAGAAACAUCAGAAAAGUCUGGAGAUGUUUUGUAAAACUGAUGAGACGUGCAUCUGCAUGAUGUGUGGAAUGACUGAACACAACAGUCAUGAAAAGGUCGAGCUGGAAAUGGAAAGAGAAGGAAAACAGAAACAGCUGGGGGCGACACUGAGGGGAAUAAGGAAAAGACUUGAAGAGAAAGAGAAGAAACUGAAGGAGACGAGGAGGACAGUGGAGGAGAUGAAGAUCUCCGUGAAACAAAAGAUGGAGGAACAUGACAAGAGCUUUACUGAUCUGAUACGGUGCAUUGAGGGAGCCCAUAAGAAACUGACUGAGAAGAUCAGAGAACAAGAAAAGAGAAAUGUGGAGAAGGCUGAAGGAGUCAUGGAGCAACUGGCGAGGGAGAUCAAGGAGCUGAAGAGAAAAGACGCUGAGCUGAAGGAGCUUUCAGAGACCAAGGACCAUCUCCACUUCCUGCAGACUUUCUCAUCUUGCUGUGUCCUUCCUGCUGAUGGAGACUCGUUCAGCUUCACUGUCACUGCUGACUUUUCUUCUGAGGACCUGCUAAAGGAGCUGUCAGGUCUGAAAAAGAGUCUGCAGAAUAUCAGCCAGUGGGACAUCCUGACAUGGACUCCAGCAGGUCUUGAAGCUCCAAUCUUCACCCUACGGCCUCCUGAACCUCAGAGCAGACACGAGUUUUUACAAUACUUCUGUGCCCUCACACUGGACAUCAACACGGCACACAGAGACCUCCGUCUGUCUGAAGGGAACAAGAAGGUGACAUGUGAGGGGACAAAAGCCGAAUAUCCUGAUCAUCCUGACAGAUUUGACUACAGGUGUCAAGUUCUAUGCAAAGAGGUUCUGACUGGGACUCGCUGUUACUGGGAGGUGGAGUCCAGUGGAGACUUCAUGAUGAUUGGAGUCACAUAUAAAGGACUGGGCAGAAAGGGAAAGGGCAGGGAGUGCAUCCUUGGAUACAACGACAAGUCGUGGAGUUUGCUGUGUUCUCAUUCCCAGUACUUUGUGCGUCACAAUAACAAGAGGACUGUAAUCAGCGCCCCCUACAGCCCCAGAAUAGGUGUGUAUCUGGACUGGCCUGCUGGCUCUCUGUCAUUUUAUAGCGUCUCACACACAAUGACCCUCCUGCACAGGUUCAACACCUCCUUCACUGAGCCCCUCUAUCCAGGGUUUGGUUUUGGUCGUAACUCCAGUGUAACAAUCGGCCAUCUGACACCAUGUGACAACUGACCAGUACCCUCCACAGGUCACUUGAUGUCCUCACAAGCUCAGGUCAUCAUUGUUUUUGUAGUUUGGGAGUAAAAUUAAAUUCUCAGGAUGGGUGGUUUUUGACACCUCUGUGAUUGAAUUUGUGGAUGAGAAUGUGGGGCGAGUGCAACUGUCAGGGUAUCCUUUAUUAUUGGAGUGGCCACUCAGGUGUGUGUGUGUGUCAUAGUGAGGGGCGGAGACACCUCAGACCUACAAAUACCAGUCUGACCAGUAGGGGUCACUGUUGAUUCACAGCCACAUGACCUUCAAGCUAAAACCCCAACAACUACUGAGGCCCCCAACUGUCAUUGAAUGUCACCUGUUAAGUAGGACAGGCAUGUGGUCUUGCUGGAUCAGCACAACUGAAAGGCGCUAUACAGACUCAGUAUGGAGAGCUCUUGAAUAGUGACUAUAUGUAGGAGCAGAGAGUGACAGAUGGGACUGGACUGUUGUCCACUCACCAGACAUUUUGUGACCCUCCAUUGGUCACUCAAAGGGUCCUUCACUUCAGAAUGAAUUCACUGUGAAUGUCUGAAGACGAGGACUCACCGGUCAGUCAGAUGUCAGCCAUACUGACAGAGUUUAGUGUUUUAGUUGAUGUCACAUUAAACUUUAAACUGCACCUCCUCCUUGUCCCCAGAUUUCUCACUCUUGGUACCCUGAAAGCUCCAACAUCUUCAAAAUAUUAAUUAUUGGUCAGUUGG